CGUGCUGCUCCGCUCCGCUCCGCGCCGCCACCAUGACCGUCACACGGCUCGACCAGGGCCAGCGCUACCGCCCGCGGAUGGCCUUCCUGAAAAAGAUCGAAGCUCUCAUGAUGGAGAUGCAGAGCCCAGACACAGGAAUCAAGACACAGACACAGACAGUGAUGGUCACCAGCAUCCCCCACGCUGUGACAGGUAAUGAUAUAAUGCAGUGGAUCCUUCAGCGCUUGCAGAUCACUGCAGAAGAGGCACUCCACCUGGGAGACCUGUUUGUCAAAUAUGGAUAUAUCUACCCUCUUCAGGAGCCAAAGAACCUCACCCUGAAGGCAGAUGGCAGCCUCUACAGGUUUCAAACCCCCUAUUUCUGGCCAGUACAGGGCUGGGCUGCUGAUGACACAGACUAUGCAAUUUAUCUAGCAAAGAAGAACAUUAAAAGGAAAGGGAUUUUGGAAGAAUAUGAAAAGGAACAUUACAACAUGCUCAAUCAAAAAAUAAACUACAAGUGGGAUUUUGUCAUUAUGCAGGCCAAGGAGCAGUAUAAGGCAGGGAAGGAGCGGAAGAAGGAGGACAGGUAUGCCCUGGACUGCCAGGAGAGAGCCUACUGGCUUGUGAACAGAGCUCCUCCAGGCAUGCUGGAUGUCCUCGAGUAUGGAUUAGACCGUGUCACAGAUCCCAAUGAAAAUAAGAAAAAUACGAUGGAAUUCUAUAGGAGAGAGAUCAUGUACUAUCAGCAGGCCAUCUUGAAGACCAGAGUGAAAUCUUCUGUCUCUCUUGGAGGGGUUGUGAAGUACUCUGAGCAGUUCCUCUCCAAUGAUCCCAUCCUGUCUGGAUGUCUCCCCAGCAACCCUUGGAUAUCAGAUGACCCUGACUUUUGGGAUCUCAAUGCAAAGCUGGUGGAGGUGCCCACCAGGAUGCGCGUGGAGCGAUGGGCCUUCAACUUCAGCGAGCUGAUCCGGGACCCCAAAGGCCGCCAGAACUUCCAGAUCUUCCUGAAGAAGGAGUUCAGCGGAGAAAAUCUGGGUUUCUGGGAGGCCUGUGAGGAUCUCAAGUAUGGAGACCAAUCCAAGGUCAAAGAAAAAGCAGAAGAAAUCUACAAGCUCUUCCUGGCUCCAGGAGCAAGGCGCUGGAUUAACAUCGAUGGCAAAACAAUGGGCAUCACAGUCAAAGGCCUGGAGCACCCUCAUCGUUAUGUUCUAGAUGCUGCUCAGACCCACAUUUACAUGCUGAUGAAAAAGGACUCCUAUGGCCGCUAUUUAAAGUCUCCAAUAUACAAGGAAAUGCUGGCCAAGGCUGUUGUGCCACAAGAGGGUGUCAAAAAAAGCACGGGUUUGUUUGGACGCCGCCACCUCCGCUCCAGCCCCAGCCCCAUCAUCCUGAGGCAGCAGGAGGAAGAGGCCAAAGCCAGGGAAGCCGCCAACACCGUGGACAUCACGCAGCCAGGCCACCUCGCCUCCUGCUCCCCCGGCCCGGCUGCCCACGCUGGCCCCGGCACCCCGGCAUCGCCACCAGCCGCCCCUCAGGCCGUGCCUGCCGUGUCCCCCGAGCCCCCAGCCCUGCCCCAGGGCCCCGCCUGCCCCUCAGCCAUCAGCCGGGCCCUGGGCAGCAGGGCGGGCACCCAGCCGGACCCGCGGCCGGCCGGCCCCGGCCCCUUCCCGUCCGGCGGCCGCAGAUCCCGCCUGGCCGCCCGGGCCUGGGCCCGCUUGCUGCGGAGGGGCUGCCGGAGCUCGGGCAGCCUGGCCACGCUGGCGGCCCGGUGCCCGGCCGUGCCCCACGGCAAGGUGCAGCCGCUGGGCGGGCGGGAGCGGCGGCUGCGGCCGGACAGCAGGACGGUCAGCAGCUUCUUCCAAGUCAGAACAGCCGUGCCUCUGGAGAGCCCAGCCUGCCCCGGGGGCUCCGGGCAGGGAGAGGACAGGCAGCACCGAGCUCGGAAGGACUCUGCAAAGGAACUGAUCUGCCCCUGGGAGACCCCCACGGAGCAGGGGAGAGCCGGGUAACCCUGACACAGACGCUCCUGCCAGGCCUGAGACUGCAGUGUUUGCCGUGCAUGGCUCAGCACAUGGUGGAGAAGUGUGUUGGAGCCAUCCUCCAGCAGCAGGGACACCCAGACCACCACAGCUCCGGAUAACAGCCCCGGGUGUACCCAGCUGUUUGUGAUCCAGGAGCUCCAAGCCUUUCUGGACUGGUUUUCUUUCCUGUCUUUGGUGUGUUCUGUUCUGCUCAUGACAAACUCGUCGAUAAACGAGCCUGGUUUCAUGCCUUGGAGCAGAUGGAGGACGUGCGGGUGAUGUCCUGGGAAGCAGUGUCUUAUCGGAGUUUCUGCCUUGGCCAUGAGGUGUCAGCACACUGAACACAGCACAGCUGGAGCAGGGCUGGCAGGGGGCUGGCAGAGCAGGACUCAGGCUUCAGUGCCAAAACUGGGGUGUGUUUGUGUCCCCAUCCUGGGCCCACCUCCUAUUAAUUACAAUUUAAAAAAUUUUAAAGCGUGCUGAUUAAGAGGUUGAGGAAAAUAGAGUGCCCUUCAUGAGAUGCUGAGUGGCAAAGCAUCAUUCCUUCAUCCAAACCAAACAUGAUCCCAGAGGCAUCAGGGAGUGUAGAGCCCUCCUGCAUUAGCUCCAGCUUCCCAGUGCAUGGGUUUGAAACCAUGGCUCGACCUGUGAACACCUGGGGAGAUCCAAGCCAAGUCCCUGUUGGUGUUUUGGGCCCCUCCAAGCUGGGAUUGAUGUGUUGCCACAGGCUGUGCUGAUAUUGAGUGUUGGAUUGUUGCCUUCCUUGUGUCAGUGUUUGAAGGUGGUUGUUUUAUUCCCUGGAUGAAUUUCCUCAGUGUGUGUGUGCUGUAGGUCCCUGUUCUGUACCUUGGCCAUGACCUGUGACUUCUGAUGUUGCUGUUUUGUACUUUCUGAUUAUAAAUGGAGUUUUUCCUGUGUGGC